AUGGAUAUUGCGAAUCAAUUCACUAACAAGAGCAGUGAAAAGGUAAAAAUACAGCUGGACCUGAAGGCCAGUGCCUCUGAAGAGGAGACACUUUCAGAUCACUAUGUCAUCCUCAGGAGCCUCGGCAAAGGGAACUUUGCUGAGGUGAAGCUUGCCUACCACCUUCACACAGAGGUGCAAGUUGCUGUCAAGGUACUACACAAUGGAACCAACAAUGACUUCAGCAUAAAUACUGAAAUUGACAUGUAUAAAACUUUGAACCACCCGUAUAUUAUCAAGCUGUUCCAUAUCAUCAACACCAAAGAAUACACCUAUAUGGUGUUGGAACAUGCUGCUCGUGGAGAUCUUGUGAGCUAUAUUGGGAGGGUGGGCCGUCUGCAGGAGGAGCAGGCCCGGCACAUUUUUACACAACUGGUGUGUGCAGUUCACUACUGCCAUGAUAAUGGCAUUGCACACAGAGACAUCAAGCUAGAUAAUAUCCUGCUUGAUGACAAAGGCAACAUCAAGCUGUGCGACUUUGGCCUGGCCACCCGAAUCACCCUUGGCCAGGGUACCAAGGGGUUCUGUGGAACCCUGGAAUAUUGUGCUCCAGAGUUGUUCUCUGGCAAGGAAUACGAUGCAAAGGCAGUUGACAUCUGGAGCCUGGGAGUGGUUUUAUAUACAACGGUGACUGCAUUCUUUCCCUUCAGCGCCAACACCUUUUCAGAUGAAGGAGUAGAUACUGGAUCCCAAUUGUUCACUGUGAAGCCUGAGCAGAAGCCCAAGAUAUUUGACAUUAGGCAGCACCAGUGGCUCAAGACGAAGGAAGAAUUUGGGAAAAUCACACCAUCCUUAGAGGCACUCUGGAACAACCUCAAUCCCAGCAUUGUGGUGGCUAUGGGGAGAAUGGGCUACUACCCCAAGGACAUUAGUACUUGUCUAUGUGAGAAGAAAUUCAAUAACAUCAUGGCCACGUACCUAAUUUUAAACCACAAGUCAUCCUGUGAACACUGUAAAUAUGCUGGGAAAUUCUUGCCGGCACGUGUUACUAUGUCCCCAGCAGAUGCUCUCACUAGCUUUCCAACUCAGAGGGGACUGAGUGAGCCUGCUCUUCGCAUCGUGCUGGAGGAACACCAGGUGCAUGAUGAGAAGGGAUCAAGGAAGAAGAGGAUGAGAAGCCUGAGCAUGCGUGCCCGCUUGUGCUGCCAGCAGAAGAGAAUCAAACAUCCAUGCUCAGCCUCCAAAUUGGCUCAUAAGGUUACUUACAUUAAGAGCAGAUCUUUGGCACAUGAUUUGCAAUUGCUCAUCCUCAAGAUCCCUGUGCUCUGA